AUGCCCCCACAGACCUGCCACGCCCCACAGAUCUACCACGCCCCCACAGACCUGCCACGCCCCCACAGAUCUACCACGCCCCCACAGAUUUGCCACGCCCCACAGACCUGCCACGCCCCACAGAUCUACCACGCCCCCACAGAUCUGCCACGCCCCCCACAGAUCUGCCCGCCCCCACAGAUCUACCACGCCCCCACAGAUUGCCACGCUCCCACAGACCUGCCACGCCCCCACAGAUCUGCCACGCCCCCACAGAUCUGCCACGCCCCACAGACCUGCCACGCCCCCACAGAUCUACCACGCCCCCACAGAUCUGCCACGCCCCCACAGAUCUACCACGCCCCCACAGAUCUACCACGCCCACACGCCUACAUUCCUCAGGCCUCUCCACCCUUAACCAUUUGUCCUGAAGUCCCUACAUUCCUCGUAUCUACAAGCCACGCCACUACACUAUCACUGCUACCGACACACUGA